AUGUCGAUUCACAGCAUAGAUGCGACCCGUCCAAAUGGUAUUAUUAUCCACUCGCUCGUCAGAUAUCGCCUCGUGGGCACGUGUUCCCUGUUGAUGUUUGUUGCACGCAGUGGCACAAUAAAGACUCAGGAAAUCGCUCUAUGUUCUAAAUUGCUUCGAAUUCAAAGGGACACACUUCCCGUACGCCCCAUCCUCUCAACAAUUCUUUCUCUGAUGGAUAAUGAUAAAUGCGCCGGAUGUGUAACAUCAUAUGGAACGCCAGUCGGAACGUCUGCAUACCGGAAGAUUUUUUUCGUUGAGAUCCUGCAGAAAAGUAGCAGCACGUUCGUGAAACAACGAACAGUUGCUACACGCCCGUGGGACAACGAGGAUAACGUGUUGUGUGAUUAUCCAUCUGGGGAAAUCGACUAUUCCAAUGAGGAAACGAGCGAUCACGCAAUCGCGAUGGUUCAAAAACUCGAAUUUCAACGGUCACGCCAAAAAUCAUUCACUCACCCUCAAAUUGUAAGCACGUUGACUCGGUACAUUCCUUUCUCCGUGUCAUAUUUAGGAAGUAUGCGCGUCCGAUCUGAAUCUGAAUUCACGUCAUCAUCAUUUCCUUUAGAUAGUUUACUUCCUCUGGAUUGGAACACCCGAUUCGAUUUCCCUUUUCUCUAUGAAAAUAAUUCUGCCUAUCACUACUACCAACCGUGCAACACAUUCGGUACGCAUUCGGUACGAACGGUAAAGCCUGCGAUGGCAAGCGGAAGUGAUAAUCAAAACACCCUCAGAAGGAAGAUAUGUCCGGAUGAUGUGACAACCGAAUCAUUGCGAUUGUGA